GGACCUGCUUAACCUGUAUAGUGAACGUACGCCUCCCAUCGCUGCGAAAUGAAAGCGUUGCUCGUCGUUUUGGUCUAUUUUGGGUCUUUAUCUCUGGCGCAAACAUUCUCUGCGACGUCAGGCAUCAAGAUAGCAUCAGCAGGAGUAGUUCCACCUCCUCCAACAACUUCAUCAUGCAGCAGCAGUAGCAGAUCGUGGGGGACCGCAGCAAGACCUGCCGUACAACGUGCCGCUGCUGCACCGCGGUCGACACCGGUGCGUCCGCGCACGGCGCUUGGCGCAGCUAAUCUUGCAGUGGAUGUGGGAGAUGUGAGGCGUGCCUUGUCGUCCGCGCGAGAACGUCUGGAGAAGAACCGGCAGCUUUUUGACGAGGCUAGGCUUGAGGGGGAGCUGGAGUACCUCGAGGGGGUGAGCUCGGAGGCCGAGUUUUGGAACGACGCCAACUCGGCACGGAAGACACUUGGGGACUUGAACAGGUUGAAGUUGCAGUUGGACCGAUUGUAUCGGUGGCGGGGAUGGGAGGCAGACGCGGAGACGGUUAUCGAGCUCUGCGGGGAGGAAGAGGGGGAUGACGAAGAAACCGCUGCGAUGCUGGAUGAGGCAACGGAGGCGUUACAGCUCCUCCAGCGGGACUUGGACGCGUGGGAAAUGCAGCAGUUGCUGUCGGGCAAGUACGAUAACUGUGGCUGCAGGCUGACCAUCAUGGCCGGCGCGGGGGGGACGGAGGCCCAAGACUGGGCGGAGAUGCUGCAGCGGAUGUACAUCCGGUUCUUCCAGAGGAGGGGCUUCAAGUACAAGAUAGUCGAGGAAGAGUCGGGGGAAGUAGCGGGCAUCAAGAGCUGCGAGAUGCAGGUGGAGGGAGACUUCGCGUACGGUUACCUGGCCGGCGAGAAGGGGACCCACAGACUCGUCCGGCAGUCCCCUUUCAACGCGCAGGCGAAGCGACAGACCAGCUUCGCGGGAGUGGAGUCUUUUCCGAUCAUCGAGCAAGACGACUUAUCUGACCUGGUCGUUCCGGAGGGAGAGCUUGAGGUCAGCACCAUGCGGUCAGGGGGAUCGGGGGGGCAGAAUGUGAACAAGGUGGAGACGGGGGUGAGAAUGAAGCACAUCCCCACGGGGAUCGCGGUCAGGUGCACGCAGGAGAGGUCACAGAUGCUCAACAAGGAGCUGGCGCUGAACAUGCUCAAGGAGAAGCUGGUGGUGGUGAUGCAAGAGCAGCAGACCAAGGAUCUCGCCGAGAUCAGAGGGGACAUGGUGGAGGCUAGCUGGGGGCAACAGAUCCGCAACUACGUGUUCCACCCCUACAAGCUUGUCAAGGACACGCGCACGGGAGCGGAGACCGUGCAAGUGCAGGACGUCAUGGACGGGGAUCUGGACGCCCUGAUCGAGGCGUACCUUCGGCACGCCAGGGGGCUCGUGGGCGCCGAAGAAGUGGGUGGUGAUGGAGCAGCAGCGGCAGCAGAAUCUUCAGCGGCGUCAGCGUCUUGAUGAAGUCAAGGGCGGGUCCUGACUCGGAAAUUCGUACACGGGCGUUGAAUGCUGGAGUACCGAGACUUGAUGGAUCCAACGGGUUGUUUGUUUGUUCGGCAGAAACGAUGUCUUUUUUUUGUUUUGUUUCUUCGGGGAGGCUGACGGGGCAAGCCCCGGCGACCUCACACGACACCCGUCUUUGCUGCAGUUCAGCACGCACAGAAAGCGUGUCCGAAAAUCGACAGCGUGCAGAUACCAUCAUCGCACGGUCAUCAACGCUGACGAGAGGAGAUCAAGGCGCGUGACCCGUUGGGGUUACCGAUUUGUCUUACCGGGCCUUUGUCCACGGCUAUCCCUUAUGGCAUUUGAGUGUACUACCACCGCUGAUGCUAAGAGGAUCGAAUCUCGGUUUUCCUGUCAGUCAAGCAUGCAG